CUAGGGGGAAGUUACUCAUCCUGGGCUCAGGUAAGAGGGCCAGGGUUGGGAGGCGGCACUCCCAGGGGGGGACGCCGAGAGAGCAGGACCGAGCCAUGGACCCGGGCAGGAGAGCGUGUACCCCAGCGGUGAUCUGCAUAACAGGCUGGCUGUUGCUGGUGCCACUGCUGCUUCGGGAAGGAGCGCAGGCCCUGGAGUGCUACAGCUGCGUGCAGAAAGCAGAUGACGGAUGCUCUCCGAAGAAAAUGAAGACGGUGAAGUGCGCACCGGGCGUGGAAGUCUGCACAGAGGCCGUAGGGGCGGUGGAGACAAUCCACGGGCAAUUCUCGAUGGCAGUACGGGGAUGUGGCUCCGGACUCCCCGGAAAGAAUGACCGCGGACUGGACCUUCACGGGCUUCUGGCCUUCAUCCAGCUGCAGCAAUGCUCCCAGGACCUCUGCAACACCAAGCUCAACCUCACCUCGCGAGCGCUCAACCCCGCAGGCAAUGAGAGUGCUUACGAGCCCAACGGCGCCGAGUGCUACAGCUGCGUGGGGCUGAGCCGUGAGGCGUGCCAGGGUAAGGCGCCACCUGUCGUAAACUGCUACAAUGCCAGCGACAGCUUCUACAAAGGUUGUUUCGAUGGAAACGUCACAUUGACGGCAGCCAAUGUGACUGUAUCCUUGCCCGUCCGCGGCUGCGUCAAGGACGAGCUCUGCACCCGCGAUGGGGUGACAGGUCCAGGGUUUAUGCUCAGCGGUUCCUGCUGCCAGGGAUCCCGCUGUAACUCCGACCUCCGCAAUAAGACCUACUUUGCUUCUCGAAUCCCUCCCCUUGUCCUUCUGACCCCUCCGCAGUCCACCACUCGGGCCCCGACCACCUCUGUCACCACGUCCACUGCAGCCCCAACCACCUCCUCCUCCACUACCAAACCCAGCCCCACGCCAGCCAGCCAGACUCCCCCGAAGGAGGCAGAACCCGAGGCAUCCCCGGAGGAGGGUUCCCACUUGGCUGGAGGUGCUGCUGGCCACCAGGACCGCAGUAAUGUGGGGCAGCACCCCUCAAAAGGUGGGGCCCAGGACUUCUCUAAUGACUCUGCAGCUCCCAUGGUCGGACUGGUGACUCUUCUGUUGGCUGUGGCUACUGGUGCCUUCCUGUGA